AUUCAGCACCAAGAAAAAUCCAACCAUUGUUGUUCGUUAGUUCUUCUUAGUUCAUAGGUCAUAACCUCAAAAAUAUUGGGAAAAAAAAACAUGACUACUUCUUCGUCUUUCUUCUCUUCUUCAAUUCUUAACAUUCCCAUCUCUAAAACCAAUUCUCUCAUCAUCCCAUCUCCCAGAAUCCCAUCUUUAGACAACCCUUUUGCCAGGAUCAAAUUCCCUUCAAGAAAUUGUACAGCACCCAUCAAAUGUUCCUCAGAUUCCAGUUCUACUACAGUAGUUGAGGCUGCAGAGACAUCCUCCAAUUCAGUAAAAUCGUCAAAUUCAGACAGCAAGGAUAGUGUUGAUGGUGUUUAUGAUGAAAAAGCAGCUGAAGCACAAGGGAAAUUUGGGGCCAGAGUUAGGGUAAAAGUUCCAUUGAAAGUUUACCAUGUUCCGAAAGUUCCGGAGACUGAUUUAAAUGGGAGAAUUGGGUUCUUGAAGCAGUAUGUUGCAGUGCAUAAGGGCAAGAAAAUUUCUGCUAAUUUGCCGUAUAAAGUGGAGUUUGUGGAGGAGCACGUUGAGGGGAAAAAGGGGCCGGUCAAGUUCUUUGCACAUUUGAAAGAGGAUGAGUUUGAGUAUCUUGACUGAUUUAAGUAUUUUCUGCUGCUUGAAUUGUUUCUUCGUCUUCUUUUCUUUUUGGGUCGAGCAUAAUCCUGCCACUUGAAUAUGUAGACUAACUUUUUGUACACGUGCUGUUUUAUGUAUUGUUGUAGAUAAUAUAUUUCUGAGCAAUUUAUGCAGCCUAAAGAAGAAGAUAUUGCCUAGUUUCAUGGA